GCUUAGUCAUUCUUUCGUUUCACAAACAGUCGAAAUUGGGCGAAAUUGGGGGACGAAAACAACUCGAGAGGAAACAAUGGAAAUUUCAAGUCUUCCGGACGUUUUAGUUUUGAAGAUAUUUAGUUAUUUGUCUGUUAAAGAGUUAUGUAAAAUAAGCAGGGUUUGCCGAUGUUGGAGGCGUAUUGCAUAUGACAAGACACUUUGGAAAGACAUUGAUAUGACUAGAUUUGUGUCGCUCGAUUUGAGAAAAGUAUGGAAGUUCUAUCGGUCACGUCUGUCAGAUGUCCUCAAAAGCUUGAAGAUGGUUGGAUAUUACAAUGCGAAAUCUGGAAGCGAAAGGCAGAAGAAGCAACUUCUCUCCGAUGCUUUGCUGGAGGAGAUAAGCACAGCGUGUCCAAACAUCGAGGAAUUGCAGCUACACCGCUUUUAUCUAGAGAAAAUGUCAUCGAGCAGACUUCCACGAUCUCUUACUCAUCUCAAAUUGCGGGAAUGUGGCUGGCCGUUAGGUUGGUUGAAUGAUGCAGACCUGCCGAAUUUGCGAAUUCUUGAUCUUGGUAAAACCACGCGCAUAGGUGAUUCAGAAAUUAGCAGCAUUGUAAAGUUCACAAAUCUUGAAGAGUUGAAUCUUGAGGAAUUAUACAGAAUUAGUGACUUGGGAGUUAAAGAAUUGGCAGAAAACUGUACACUGUUGAAAGUUCUUAAACUGACAUCUGCAAAAGUGGCAGACCUUGGGGUACAUUUCAUCUGCAGGAACAUGGUCAGUUUGAGGGGCUUAGACCUCAGUUAUACACUUAUAUCAGAUUCUGCAGUAGACGAUAUUAUUACGAGUUUACCAAACUUGAAAAGUUUUGGUGUGGCGGGCACAGCUGUUACCGAUACAGGAGUUAAAAGUUUAUGUUACAGUAAGAAUGGGAGAAAUCUUGUUCAGCUAGAUAUUUCAGCUACAAAGAUCACAGAUGACGCAUUGACUUAUAUUGCAGACAAGUUGAUAAAUCUUGAAGAUCUAAAUCUUGCUAUAACGAAAGUAUCACGUGAAGCAAUAAAUAACAUGUCCACACAGUUAGGGAAAUUGUCACAUGUCAAUUUAGGUAGAGGAGUUUCAUAAUUAUGUCUCCCACCACACAGUGGUGUGGGAGACAUAUUGAUUUACUCCAGUCUGUGUGUGUGUGUGUCUGUCACAAAGCUUGUCCGCACUCUAAGUCGAACAUUUCUCAUCCGAUCUUCACCAAAUUUGAACAAAAUGUGUUUUACCAUAAGACCUCGGCCAAGUUCCAGGGACUACCUUAGCCUGGAAAUUUAGGGAGAAGUGACUUCUCCCUCCUGGGGAAAUAGGGAGAAGUUUUGAAAUUUUGGGAGAAGUUCGGCAAACGUGAGACAGGACAUCGCUUACAUGCAUUAAAUAACAAUAAUAGUGAUUAUUCAGUUCCAUUUGUAGUAUUAUCUUGUUAUGACUUGAAUAAAAUUAAUAGGGCAAUGUUUCAACAAUACAAUACAUAUUUGCACUGUUUUACUGCAAAAUGUCUGACAACUUGACACAAUAAAUCUUUCCUCAUAUAACCAGUACUUAACAUUUCUUGGAUUUCUUCCUUCCAUGAGCAGCUUUUUCACGUAUGUGAGCAUUUUGAGUUUAAAAAUUUUGUAUGUAGUUCCUUCAAUUUGACAAACUACAGAGUUUAAAAAACUCUCAAGCUUGCAAUGAAAUGUUAUUUGUAUUGCUCAGUAGAUAAAAUACUUAAAAAUCAGGGGCAAUAUUUUUUAAAACUACGUGUUUUGACAUAAAAAAUCUAAAAAUCGGUUAAAUAUAUUACCUCCCUUUAACACAUUUCAGAAUAAACUAAAAGAGUUGUCUGCUAUUUUUAUCAAAAAUUAAAUUUAAAAGUUUGUCAAGGGCCUUAUAUUUAACUUAUAUGUUUUUUAAUGGAAGAGAAAUGCAGAUUAAAAUUAAUAGUAAGCAGAUCCCGAUUGAAAAAUAAACGUCGGGAGUAACGGGUAGUCUACAUAUUGUGAUGGCAAUAAAAAUUUUGAAAAGUUUUUUAUCCGAAAACAAGAAUUACUGGAUAGGACAUCUUAUAAAGUACCGAGGGCGUUCGGUUAACCCGAGGUUCCGUGUUUUGACCCGCGAAAAUCAAGAAAAACUCGAAGUUGACCCGCACAAAAAAGUGUCCCGUGCGUCGGAUCGAUCCGCGAUAUGCGUCUCGAGUUCAAAAGUUCUGCUUUGUGAAUCAAAAUCUCGGUAUAUUUCAAUUGUUCACCGCCACAAACGGAAGUAUGACAGUAGGCGGAGCGUCGUAUGUUAAUUAGCUACUGACAGAUGUCAGUCACGCCAUGCGCCGACUGACACGUAAUUAGGUUUGUAAUUCAAAAGUUAAUUAUCGCUGUUUUACAAAGUUUUCGGGCUCUCUGAUCUCUGAUGUUGGUCAGCUUUAAUUAUUACUCUUUCAUUCUUUAAUUAUCGUUUACUGCAUUCACAUUAAAUGCAAACAAUUAGCAGCUUAUCCUGCGGCGUCAGUCUGAAAUCUAGUGAUUAUCUUUUGUUGUCAUGGGCACGUUUCGCCGCGCGUGCCUUCCGGUGACAUCCUGUGUAUUGCAUAUUGUGUUUACAGACUUUACACAACCGAAAUGUAUAAUCUCGGCGCACUUUAUUGCCAAUUAUGUUUUCCUUUCAUCCAGUUUUAGGGCGACUUGAACUUCGCUUUUCUGGGCGGGAAGGGCGAAGUGAAAUAUUUUAAAGCGAAGUUAUCGCUCAACUUCGCCUAAAACGCAGUCCCUGAGUUAGAUAACUAGCCAAAUCCACCCAGGCACUUUUGAAUUACGGUCCUUGAAUUACUGAUUGGGUCCACUCAUCAAGGCCACUGGGAGAAACUAAACAUUUUUCAGCGGGGUCCACUCAUUAAAGCCGUCGAGAGAAACUAGACAUUUUUCAAUGGGGCAGUUGUUGGAGACAUGCGCUUUUCUCAAAAGCAUCUCUAGUUAACUAAUAAUGACUUAUUGGAGUAGAAAGGAUUUUAGCUUUUUUUUUAGCCCAGAGAAAAGCAUCACUAAAUUUGUGUAGAAAAGGAUAUAAUGUAUUUUACAGAAGAAGAAAUUUCAUUUGAUAAACUAGGUUUGAAUGAAAUAUAGUGUUUUACUACAUGUUUAAAAGAAAUAGACCAUGCCAUUUUAUUUGACACAUCUGUAGUGACCUGGCAAUACAGGAUAUUUUUUCAUAAUGCCUUUCAUUUCUUACAAUGUGUAAUUUUUACAGCACCACUAAAACUUUGGUAAAAGUAAUUUUAUUGGAUAAAUUUUCCAGGUAUGUGAGUAUACAUUGUAUGUUACUAAUAUGAAUUACUAUAAGACAUUUAAAAGUGAUCAUGAAAUAAAAUUGUCGACAGGCAUGGGUUUUCAAAAAGCUCGAGUAGAAUGCGCUUGAUUUGUCAUGUUGGCUGGAGGCUGCAGGCAUUGGGCCUGAAUACCAUAUACCUUUUCUAUUACUGAGCCAUUAUACUGAGCCAUUAUGAAAUCUCUUGUCUAUUUACAUGAUAGCAAUUGGUCACCACAUUUUUUACCAGUUAAUGGUACUGUCCAAAUUGAAAGAUGGAAAAGUUCAUUAUAGGAAUUCAGCAGGGUAAGGACUAAAUAUGUGUUUACAUAUGACCAAGUAGCCACUCAUAUUUCUGUAACAUUUUGAUACCAGUAAUUUUCCAGUUUCAAACAAUGUGUUAACCUUUACCUUGCUAAAUUUCUAAAACGGAUUGGUCCAUCAUUCAGUUUGGGCAGUGCCAUUUAUUAUUAGAAGGGGUGUUUACUGAAAAUUUACUGACUGAAUAGCAAACAGUGCAGACCAUGAUCAGCCUGCACAGAGGUGCAGGCUGAUCCUGGUCUGCACUCCAUGCAGGCUGAUCGUGGUCUGCACUGGUCGCAAAGGCAGAAUCACUUGUUGGCAGCAGGCUAAAGGUUAAGUAGCCCUUGUUUAUUACUUUGUGCAUCAUCUACAUGUUAGUAGUUUAUAUGAAAUUUUUAGACGCAUGUAUUAACUUCAAUGAAAUUAUUUAUUAGUGUAUCUGAAUUGAAGGUUCAGAGUGAGCCUUUAGUAUAGAAGGAUGGUCUUUUGUUCUGUGUCGGA